CGUAGUUUCUUGGAAUUAAGGGAAAUCAAUACACUAUUUCCCCUGAGUUUCCAACUUAGAAAAUGUCUCUAAUAGACUACCGAAUCAGUUUUCCCAUGAAUGAUGAUAUAGGUGGAUGAGAUAAACCAAAACCAAGCAGACUUUGUGGUCUCAGAACCAAAGAUUUCCAUGCAUACCAGACACGUAGAAGACCAGGGGAUGGACGAUGAGGUGAUGCUGAUCAAGCAGAUACAAGAAACAGAGGACAUGAUCGUAAACAUCUUGUCCAGAUGCGAGAAAAUGGUGGACAAUGAGCUGAAGGUGUUGAGCAGCAUGACCGAGGGAUCCACAGAAGACAUGUUCAAGAGCGUUGUAUCGAGGGUUGUAGACAAACUCCUUGCUCUGCUCCAUCACCAACCAACUGCUUUGUUUGGAGUUGAAGAAGAGGUAGAUUGGAUUGAAAGAGAACUGAGGGGUACCGGGGAUGGAGGGGGUUUCCAAUUCACAGAGGAACUAGUAGAUGUUGCCUAUGAUUUGGAGGAUGUCAUUGACAACCUUCUGCUCAAAUCAGAAGCAGAAGCAAGUGGAAGAGGAAGUUUGGAGGAUGUCACUGCAACUGAUGAUGACCCACUUCACAACAACCUCUCUGAUCUUCCUGCUUCAGGCCCUACAGAGUUCUGCCUUUUGGAUCCUGCUCAAGACACUGAAGAAACAGCCUCUCCGGAUUUGAACUCAGCACACAGUCAGAGCAUGGCAAACACAGUUGUUUCUCCGGUGACUGAGGGAGUUACAGCUCUGCUUGCUCAGAAGGCACUUCAUCUCGAAAUGAAGAAGGUGGCCAGACGGGUACAAGACAAAUUCAGGUUGAUGAUUUAUUUUCUAAAGGUUUUUGAAUCGGGCGAACUAGACAACAGAGGAGGAACGGUUUGGAUGGAGGAACUUUUGACUGUUUCCUGCUCUGCAGUGGAUGUCAUGGAGGAGCUCAUCAACAAAAGGGAGCAGCUUAGGAGUUGGAUGGAACCUCUAGGGAGAGUUGUUUUCGAUUUUUACAAUUUUAAGUCUCAGAAUAAACUAGCUCUGGAGAUUUGCAAGAUAUAUAUCAAGAUCGUGGAUAUCUCCAACAGAAGGGCAGAUGAGUUAAUGGAGGAGUUUUGUUUAUGUGCCAUACACCGUCCGCAAGACAUUGAAGAAAUAGAUUGGUCUCACGACAGCUUGGUACUCCAUCAGAACAUAGCAAACGCAGUUGUUUCACCUGUUAUAGAGAAAGUUGCAGCUCUGCUAGCACAGGAGGCACUUCCUCCCAGAGUGGAGAAGAAGGCCAGACGGGUACAAGACAAGUUCAGGUUGAUCAAUGAUUUCUUGAGAGAUUUAGAAGCAGUAGAAUUAGAUGAUAGGGGGACUGUUUGGAAUCUUUGGAUUGAUGAACUGUGCCAAGUAUCCCGAUCCACAGAAGAUGUCAUUGACCAGUUCCUCAACAGCAGAGAACAAAUAAGAAGAAGUUGGUUGGGAGCUCUGGGGAAAGGUGUUUUGGCUUUUGGCCAUUUGAUAUCUCAGCAUAAGCUUAUCAUGAAGAUGGACCAAAUAUCUGCUCAGAUCCAAAACCUCUCCAUUAGGAGACCGGAUGGAGCCCAUGGCCAAAGUCCAAGUACAGUGCCAAGGUAUGCAUCCUCAAUCCCACAACCGCCAACACAAGAACCACAACAGACACAAGAACUUGAUGCUAUUGGCUUUGAUGACAAUGUGCAUGCAAUCAUGACACGGUUGCUCUCAGAUGAUACAAGUUUUUCUGUGAUUUCAAUUGUGGGUAUGCCAGGCAUCGGUAAGACAACACUAGCAAAGUCGAUCUAUAACAAUAAAGCUGUUGUGGAUCAUUUCCCAUUUCGAGCUUGGACAUCUGAAACUUGGGAAUUUUUGGAACACAUAAUGAGACAAGAAAUAUGCCUCAUGACACUAGAAGAAAUGAGACAGAAAUUCAUUUCUUUGUUGGCAGAUGCAUCAAAUGGGAGUAGACUGAUUUUGACCACUCGCUCCAUGAGCCUACCUUCACAACUCCAAAAGAGUGUUCAUCAUGCAGUUCGAUUACGAGGAAACGAUGAGAGCUGGGCAUUGUUCACUCAUGCUUUGAAGGUUAACAUACCCCAACAACUACUCACGCUUAGGAGGGAAAUUGAGAGAACAUGUGGAGGGUUGCCACUGGCAAUCAUAAAAUUAGCAAAUUUGUUGUCACAGAAGGGUCUAACCAUUGAGGAGUGGUGCACUGCAAUUCAACAGCUCAAUCAUGACCAGGAACAACUUUGGUCCUACCACUUGUCCAGGAUCAAUAAGGAUUUACCCUUGUACAUGCGGCAAUGUCUCUUUUACUUUGGUUUAUUUCCUCGAGAUUUUGAAAUCCCAGCAAGAAGAUUGAUCGCAUUGUGGGUUGCAGAGGGUUUGGUGCAAGCAAAGGGUGAAGAUGAAGCUCCGGAAGAUGUUGCAGAGAGGUGUUUAAUAAAGCUAAUAGCCGAGGGAAUGGUUCAAAUUACAAAGAAGAAGCGCAAUGGGAACAUCAAAACAUGUUGCCUCCCUAGUGCCCUCCGGCAGUACUGGUUAUCAAAAGCUCAGGAGACCACAUUUCUUCAAAUUCACAUGGAAAAAACAUCUCAUUUAUCCCCAAGCACAGGUAUGAUUAGUCGUCUUGCCGAUCACCUUGACAAAGAAGACGUCACCUUUAGUCAUAUCCAUGGUUGUCAUGACCACAUGGCUUCUUCCCAUUUGCAACCUCUCUACCAACAAGUGAUCUCUUUUUUAUCAUUUGACACUCGAGAAGGAAGCAAACCAGGAGAAGACAUGGGAAACUUUCUUCAUCGGUGCAUUUCUGGACGUUGCUUGUUACAACUGCGAGUGCUUGAUCUUGAAAAUGUAUUCAAACCCAAGUUACCAGAGGCACUAGGUAAACUAAACCGACUGAGGUAUCUUGGCUUGAGAUCAACCUUCUUAGAUAAGCUUCCAUCUUUUAUAAAGAAGUUGCAUAGCCUUCAAGUACUAGAUGUGAAGCAUACCAACAUCACCACCCUUCCUAUUCCAGUCUGGAACCUGCAACAACUACGAAUUUUGUACUUGAAUGAGAGAUGUCAUAGUAACCUUAUGCCUCAACCUCAGGCUGGAUCUUUUUCAACCCUCCAGGUCCUUGUUGGACUUCUUGUAGAUGAAGAGACUCCAGUGAAGGAUGGUCUAGACCGGUUUGUCAAUCUUCGAAAAUUGGGAUUAACGUGUCGUUUAUUGUCAUCUCAACAGGAGGCAAUGGUUGAAUGGGUUCUAAAGAUGAACCGUCUUCGGUCUUUAAGGCUCGAAUCCAUUGAUGAACAAAAUCAAGUUGGGGAUCUAGACUUGAAGCCCUUGACAGGCCAUGUCAAUCUCUCUUGUCUUUAUUUGCUUGGGAGGUUAGUGAAUCCCUCUAUUGUGCCUGCAUUGCCACACAGCCUCAUUGACAUUACCUUAUCAGGUUCAGAACUUAAAGACGACCCAAUGCAAACAUUAGAUAAGCUUCCCAACCUAAAAAUUCUUAGCUUGUUGGCCAAUUCCUAUACGGGAAAGAACAUGCAUUGCUCUUUUGGAGGCUUUUCUCAGCUUCGAGUUUUGAAACUAUGGAAGCUAGAGCAACUGGAGGAAUGGAAUGUGGAGGAAGGGGCACUGCAAGCUCUCCGAGAUCUAGAGAUUAGGGGAUGCAUGAAGUUGGAGAUGCUUCCUGAAGCAUUGCAUCACAGAGCUCUUUUGAAAGUGAAGUUAACAGACAUGCCUAGUCAUUUUGCUUAGCAGACCUCCAUCCCUUCUGCUUUCUAUAUUGUUGUUACUAUUCAAGCUAAUUUUCUUGUAGUCAUUACCUUCUAAAUGUAAAUUGUUGUGGUACUAAUUACGUUGAAGUCAGAAAGAGCAGUUGUGUGUUCUGUAUUACUGGAUUGUCAUGUAUUCAAUGAAGUUCUGGGUGUGAUAUCUA